UCACCCCUCACUUCCAUGCGUCUCACCCCGCACCCAUUUUCUCCCUUCAUAGUUUAUACACUGCUUCUCUUCCUGCAAAAACAAAAAAAAAAACUACAUCAAAAUUAAUAUUUACGUGUUGUAAUUAUCAUUAUUAUGGCGCCGAGGGAUAAGACCAACGCCGUGAAGGUGAGCGGAAACGGAAACGGUAACGGCAACGGCGGCGUUAAGGAGGUGCAUUUUAGAGGAGUUAGAAAGAGGCCAUGGGGGAGAUACGCUGCCGAGAUCCGAGAUCCCGGCAAGAAGAGCCGCGUCUGGCUCGGAACAUUUGACACGGCGGAAGAGGCGGCGCGUGCAUACGACACCGCCGCAAGAGAGUUUCGCGGCCCCAAGGCCAAAACCAACUUCCCUUUCCCUUCAGACAAUGUCAAGAACCAGAGCCCGAGCCAGAGCAGUACCGUUGAGUCUUCCAGCCGCGACCGUGACGUUGCUGCUGCCGCUGAUUCAUCGUCUCUUGAUCUCAACUUGGCACCUUCCGUUCGGUUUCCUUUCCGUCCCCAGUUCCCGCAGAUGCCGGCGGCGAACCAGGUGCUGUUCUUCGACGCGAUUCUGCGUGCCGGCAUGGUGGGUGGUUCCCCUGCCUCCCAACGCUACGGUUUCGAUUUUCACACCUACAAUCAUCCCGUGGCGGCGAGUGAGAUCCAGGCGGUGGCCGGAGCCCAGAGCGACUCAGACUCGUCCUCGGUGAUCGAUCUGAACCACUAUGAAAGCGGUGUUGUUAUAAAAGCUGGUGGUAGAAACUUUGAUCUCGACCUUAACUACCCUCCAAUGGAAGACAUGGCUUGAAGAUGAACCAGAUUAAUUAUCUGAUCGUUGAAGUUUGAUUCUAUUUUUCCGGAUUAAGAAAUUCUCUUUAGUUUUAUAAGUAGAGAAAAUAGCAACAUCCGAUAAAGAAAGAAAAAGAAGGAAGCACAAGCACAAGCACUGUGUGUGAAUACAUAGGUGAUCAUGGAUCAUCUGAAAUUUUUUUGCAACAGAGAAACCACCGGUUUCAAUCUGUUGUUCGAAAUCAUGACGAAACUGUUACCCAGGCCAGUUUUUUUUUAAUUAAUUACCUAAGUUGUAUUAGGAAUGGUUUUGAUUUGAAGCUCAUUUUAUAUGAAUGAAAUUAACACGAAAACUUUGCACUAA